GGAGAGGGUGCCCAGGGAAGGGUUCGUCUUGCUGUUAAAUCUAGUGAUAUGAGCUUGGCUGCAGUCAAGAUCGCUAGCAAAUUCCUACCUACUGGAGCACCUGCCAAUCUAAUGAUGCUUCGCAAAGAAGUCAAGAUUCACGAAGCAGUUUCGCAUGAAAACAUCAUCAAACUAUUUGCCACUGGAGAGGAUGAUGCGUUUGUGUAUUUGGCCAUGGAAUACGCUGCAUCCGGAGAGCUAUUUGAUUUGAUCCAGCCGGAUGUUGGAAUUGAUGAAGAUUUGGCUCAUUUAUAUUUUCAUCAGCUUGUUUCUGGCAUGGAUUACUUGCACACUAGAGGAAUAUCCCACCGCGAUCUUAAACCAGAAAAUAUGCUCUUGGAUGAUUUAGGAAACUUGAAAAUAUCAGAUUUUGGUUUAGCAACUGUAUUUAAACAUAAAAAUAUCAUCCGAACACUAACGACUCCGUGCGGCACGCCUCCAUAUGUCGCCCCAGAGAUUCAUGCCAUGAAAUAUGACGGUGCUCAAGUUGACAUUUGGUCAUCUGGGAUUAUUCUCUAUGUACUACUAGCAGGAAAUACCCCAUGGGGCGAGCCCACUUUUAAAGAUCCAGAGUUUAAAUUAUAUUAUCAACAGUAUCCUCAUGAUCUUGAUUACUCUCCUUGGAACUCCUUUUCAAGCGAGGUUUUAGAGUUGAUAUGUGGAUUGUUAACAAUUGAUCCACAAAAACGAUAUACGCUUGAGCAUAUCCAACACAACAGCUGGUUUGAAAAGGAAAAUAUUUUAUUGACAGAUGGCCGUUGCAAUAAUCCAACGGCUUUGGCAAAAAGACUUCGAGAAAAGCUUGGCAUUUCAAGUGCAGAAAUGCUUGAAACAACUCAACUAUCAGCGAUCGCAUUUUCGCAGCCUAUGGACAUGCGUGUAGAUGGCGACUCUCCAGAUUUUCUGGAUUCAUUUAAAUAUAUUGCAGGAGGAAUUAACUCGUUUUCUCAGCCAUUGCGAAUGGGCAUAUCCCAAAGUCCUACUCCAGCAUUGAAUCGAUUUACAGACACUGCGUCCCAGAUACACCAAAAGAAAAUUGUCAACAUUUUCCCAUCCGAUCGCAUGACACGAUUUUACAGUAGCUCAGAUGCUGGGAUUAUAUUUACAAGGAUAUCCGAGACACUCCAACAAUUUUUGGUACCAUAUAAAAUCCACCAAAAGCUUCUCAAAAUUGUGUUUAGCACGGUUGAUAGACGCAAGUGUCAGCUCCAUGGAGAGAUAUCGAUCCAAAGGGCUACCGACGAAUGCCAUAUUGUGCUAUUUCGUAAAAGCAAGGGUGAUCCACUUGAAUUCAAGCGAUUUUACAAAGCCAUUUACAAUGCUGUUCCAGAUAUUAUUGCGAUGUGAGUUGCAGAUAUGAUGUUGGAACAAGUCCCUGGGAUUUAUCUAGUUGAACCUAUUUUCAAUUCAAAUUUGAAAUCAGUGACCAAGAAUAAAUUUAUCCAUUUGGGAUGGC